AGUGUACCUAUGGCGACCCGGCCAGUGGGCUUCAGACGAACGCAGUGCAAUUAAACCUCUCAGAACUCCAACCAAACAAUUGAUUGAUUUUUUAAAAACUUGGCUUAGUGCAUUAUUGGUAGCUAAAUAAUUGUUAAAAUCCAUCGCUAUCUCGGAUGAGGGCCAUUAAUUGAGCGGUGAUGUGGAUACACCGGUUCUGGUGAUGUGUCUGGAACUACUUCUCUAACAGAGGCCUCCAUGGAUUUAGAGUGGAGGGUAUCGGAGAUACUGUCAGUCUGUAUAUUCCUAAUUACAGAGGUGUUCGCCGAGGAGACGUUCUGCGUCAACAAGAAUGACAAGUUUCCCUGUGAACAUGGCUGUUGUGGGGACUACAAGGACCAGCACUGCUGCUCUUUCGCGGGGCUCAUCGUGGGCAUCAUCAUUGGCGUGGCGCUGCUCAUCGCAGUGAUUGCCGGGAUUGUAUACUGCUGGCUUAAAAAGCAUUGGAGGAAGGGAGCACGUGACCCAGUCUCGGUGUCCAAUCAUAAUUGUCGAGGAGCAAAUGUUACUGUGCUUCAUCAGUCUAGGACAAUGGCUUUCACCACAGGUUCAUCGACACUUAAUCCGGUAUUUUCCCCUUACGAUUUGACUUUUAAUCAACAGUUUCCGCCUCCUUAUAGUGCUGAAGUUCCAGAGGCGCCUAAAUAUUCCCCACCCCCUUAUUCGAACACCCCGCCCCCUUACUCAGCAAAGAACCCAGCACAACGAAGCACUCUUCACAGCAUUGGGAGCGACGAUAACCUGGUCGGACGUUCAAACGCCAGCGACGGACCGCCCCCUGUGUCCUAGACGACUGACGAGUGUUCGACUGAAUAUACGUGUAUAUAAAAUGUACGUGUAUAUACAAUGUACGUGUAUACAAAUGUACUUGUAUAUAAAAUAUACGUGUACAUACAAUAUAUCUGUAUUAAAAUAUACGUGUAUAUGAGACUUUGUGAUAUAAAAUGAACUGCUAACGAUUGGAAAAUCCGAGAACUUUAUAUAUUUUUACACAUUUUUUGUUAAUAACGUUCUUGUUACUUAACAAAUGAUAAGUGUACAAUCAUGUGUUUAUUUAGAAAAGCCUUGAUUUCCUUAAUUUUUUAUAAUUGUUUAGGGGCGUCUUGAUAAUGAUUUGUAGCUUACUUUUGGAAUACUAGUAUACAUUCUUACUAAAAAAUUAUCGCGACCUCAGUCUCCUAAAUUUAUCGCCACCAAAACCAAUUAGUAAUUUUAGUCUUCAUUGCAUGUUGUAUUUUAUUCUUUCAUUUUUUUCCCAGUGAAUGUUUUUCGUGAUAUCUGUCAAUAUUAUAGCAAACAAUUAACACACAAUGCAGAAUCUAGCUUCACACUGGAUUUGAUCACUUUGGCGCUCCCCGUCGCGCGAUGUUUUGUGUUUGUGGCCAAACGUGCAGGGAUGCUGGUCAGGACCUGAUUUUAUCGGAUGUUUCCGGUACACCUGUGAUUUAUUCUUGAAAAGAUCGAUCUGGUCUUAUUCCGUGAAAAAUUGAUCGGGUGCAAUAACGGCUAUGCGUAAUUUAGACUUUAUUUUAAUGGCUAUAUUAUCGAUCAUCGUUUUUAAAUACCCAUCAUAUUUGUUAAAUUUGAAGAGAGAGAGAGAGAGAGAGAGAGAGAGAGAGAGACAGAGACAGAGAGAGAGAGAGAGACAGACAGACAGACAUAGAAAAGAGAGACAGACAGACAAACAGACACAGAGAGAGAUAGAGAAGAGAGAGAGAAAGAGAGAGAGAGAUGUACGGUAUUGUUGUUAUCAAUACUGGCUGCAUUACAUUACAACCUUUUAUGUUUUAUGUAAAGUCAGUUUUUUUUUCAACAUUAAACUAUUAAACUAAAAAUCGUAUUGCAUAUUUUGUUUCCAUUGAACUAUUUUUAACAUAAGGGUCUAAUAGGAUACUGAUUUAGCAGUAGUUGGUAAUGUAUUUCAAAAGUCAACGACA